AUGUCUCAAUUCUCUGACGCUGGCCCCUCAUCCCGAUAUGAGAGUGAUGCAGAUAAUCUCUCCUUUCCUCGGUCUGACGAUGCCUAUCUCUUUACCCCUGAGUCGCCGAGCAGUCAGCAAACAACUGUUUCUGUCCAAGAUUCAUCCUUCCUUCGACCACCACCACCACCUUCGAUUCCUCAGUCCCUUGGGCGCGACUCUUAUACUCGCAAUGAUAUUGAGGACUUCACCAAAGACCAGUGGGAGCAACAGAUUGUCCGAACAAUCACUGCACUCCAGCUUCCGUUCCAAGUCGUCGAACAUCCAGAACUACAAAUGCUUUGUCGUCUAGCUCGGGCAGCCCCAUCAAUGCCAGAGUUUCCUUCAGCUAGAACCGUUCAGCGUCGACUACAGGAAUCCGUAGAUGACGCGAACCAAAAGAUUCUUGAAAAGCUUCCUUCAACUGCAAAGCUCUCUAUUGCAUUGGACUGCUGGACUUCGCCAUUUCAACAGGCAUUUAUGGCUAUCACUGGCUACUUCAUCGAUCAAGAUUGGAACUAUCGUGAAAUCCUUCUUGGAUUUGAGCCACUCCAUGGCACCCACUCAGGAGUGAAUCUUAGCAAUGUUCUUCUUGAAAGGCUUCAACAUUGCAAGAUUGAGGGUCGAGUAUUGGCCAUCACAACAGACAACGCAUCAAACAACAAGACCUUGAUGAAGAAAAUCCAAGAGUCUUUGUCAGCCUUCGAGUCCCAUGAUCAGUUCCCUAUCAUCCGGAUUCCAUGCCUGGCUCAUGUUAUCCAACUGAGCCUGAAGAAGCUCCUUGGCGAAAUGAAAGCCAAUCCAAACAAUGAGAGUCAUGAACGAGAAUGGUCUGAAGCGAAAUCCAAAGCCCUUCGUGCUAAUCGACGACGGAAAGAGAUUUCCGAUACCCUGGAUAGGGUCCGUGACCUCGCCAUUUACAUAAAUGGAAGCCCUCAACGCCGAGAAGUAUUUCUUAGUCUUCAGACUAAACCGCCAAAGCUGGUUCCUAUUCAAGAUGUUAGAACUCGCUGGAACUCGACCUACCUGAUGCUCCGACGUAUUAAGAAAUUGCAGCCAGUGAUUGAUAAAUACUGCACAGAGUAUAAUCUCAGAGACUACGAGUUAGACCGAGAAGAGUGGCGACAAAUUGAAUACCUUCUUUACAUCACACUGCCUUUCUACGAGUUUACAACUGCACUUUGCCAGACUAAGGAUGCCACUGUCCAUGGUGUCUUUGCUAUCUACAACCGGCUUUUUGAUCACCUUGACACUUCAAUCAGUCAGCUCCAGCGAAAAGAGAUUGGCUGGAAACGAUCGAUGUUGGCUGGCCUGCAAGCGGCAAAAGAAAAGCUAAAAGAUUAUUAUGGCAAGACGACUGGGGAUCAUGGCAACCUUUACGCGAUGGGUACGAUCCUUGCGCCACAAUACAAGUUACAGUUCUUCACACAGCAGAAAGGGUCAGAUAAUGACUACAAAUGGCGGGACAAAUAUCAUCAAUACCUCAAAGAUUACCUCGAACCCUACAAGCAACGGUUUUCUGAUCAUCAAUCCCCAAUAUCGCAGCCACAAGCAGCACGAGUCUCGCGGCUUCACCGAAUCCUUACGCAACCACGAUCCGAGAAAUCAACCUCGAUACCAAGCUAUCAGGAUGAGCUUGAGCGGUUUUUACAGAGGCAACCUAUUAAUGUUGAGCCUCUCCUAUUUUGGAAAGAUAAUCAACAUGAGUUUCCAGUACUAGCAAGUGCUGCGCGAGAUAUUCUUUCUAUUCCUGCUACUGGUGCUGGCGUCGAGCGACUUUUCAACUCUGCUAGGGACAUCUGCCACUAUCGUCGAGGCUCACUCAAAGCAACGACCAUCCAGGAUCUUAUGAUGCACAUGUGCACUAGCAGGUUCGAUAUCGAGGAGGGGCAGCUUAGGCUUGCUAGGGAGUUCUUGAGUACUGAAGAGAUCGACCUAAUAGAGGAAGAAAAAGAUAUUCCACAGGAUGAUCCUAUUGCUCUUAUCAGUGACGAUGAGGAAGGUGAUUCAGGAUCUACCCAGAAGCAGGUCACUCUUGAGAAAGUAAGCCAGCUCUCCCUUGGCAAGAGACGGCGAAGUACUGUGUCUAGUGCUUCGGAUUCUGAGGAAGAAAACAUGGACGCUCAAGGACGAAUUAGUGACGGAGAAGACGGCGAUGACAAUGAUUUUCCAUUGCCGCCUAUCGCUCAUGGAGAAGGCAAUACUCAGAGGCGUACAUCAGGGAGGAUGUCGAAGCGUUCAAGACGGGACGAAGAGCUUUUUGAAUAUUAUGAUCCUAGAUAA